CUGCAGAAAAAAAGAUUCAAGAAAUAUGUCGCAGGGAAUGUUAUGUGCUGGCAAGUUCACUUUCAGCCCUCUCCCUAAAAGAUCAUUUCAAUCGCUGGAGAACCCUGACACCCGGCGCCUUCUGCUUAAAUGGUCCAUGAAUGGCAGAUUGGUGACACAAGCUUUCUGUUAUGAUCAAUAUUUCCAACCAUAUCAAAAGGAUGACUUUGUUCUGGCUUUUUUCCAAGAUCCAAAUGUCGUUUCCCAACUGAAGGUGCUCUCAUCAACAACAGGACGGUGGAUACAGUUAGGGAGCAAGGUCAAGCAAGUUGAAGCAAAAGAAAUCCCAUGCACUCUGCUGUCAAUGUCAGUGUUUGACUGUCUGUACACUGAAGGGAUUGUACGACAGAGCGGCCAUAUUGUAAAAUGCCUAGAUGAAAACCUAGGUGAUUUUACUAUUUCAGAUGAACUUAGAAAGGUUCUUCUUUUGGAAGAUUCUGAUAACUAUGACAUAUUCAGCUCAUCUGACCGAGAAGAGUUCAUUUUCCACCUUUUUAAACAUCUGUGUCUUGGCGGAGCUCUUUGUCAAUUUGAAGAUGUGAUUGAGCCUUAUCUAGAUACAACAAAAUCUAUUUACAAGGACCUUGUGAGUGUUGAAAAGGAUCCAGAGACAAAAAAGAUAAACAUUAUAUCAACUGUCUUCAAAGUGUCAGCAUAUGAUGAAAAUGGCAUGUGCUAUCCAUCUACACAGCCUCAUGAACAGACAUUUGCCUACUUAAUUGUGGACCCUCUAAAGCGACAUGUUUACCUUCUGUACCACUGUUUUGGUACAGGAGACUUUUAAGGUCACAGUUUACAAUCUGUGACAACAGUGACUCAUAUUUCUUGCUUGUGAAUAUGGAAGCUUCCUGUGCCAUCAAAAAUAAGAAUCCAGAAAUCCAGGACAAAACAUACUGAUACACAUUGAUUGAUCAUUAAGCCAUGCUUGUUUUUGUUGUUUUAUUAAGGUUACAGUUAUCAUCGUAUGAAACGUAAUCACACAAAUGGAUUUUUACAGUUUCUGUACAGCGAGUCCAGUUGCAGAAUCACCUUAAUGGCACAAUAAAAAUGUCAUUAACCAAACUAUCCAAAA